CGUCGCGCAACGCCUUCUGGGAGCUGUAGUUUUUCAGUCAGAGCUGUACUCAUGACUAACUGAAUUAGCGCGUAUCCAGCGCUGGCUCGGUGGGGGUUGUCUGCCUGCGUAGCGUCGAGAUCGUUUUGCUUCUAAAAUGAAAUACGAAAACUACGGUGUAUUAUCUCAGUUGCCAGGGGAUUGAAGGAAUAGUUCUGGACCACACAUAGUGUGUGAAAGAUUAUACAAAAUGAGGUUAAUUAUUUAACGACAAACUUAUUGCUGUUCCAAGAAACAGUACAAAAAGUGCUGCGUUAGGCGCAGAAUUAUCUUCUCCUUCUUAUGUUGCAAUCAGUCUUGAGAACUGCAGCUCCUCAGUAACAUUCCUGCCCACUGACUCAUUGCAGAUGUAAGCCUUAGCAUUACAGAAUUUAAUAGCAAAAACAAUCGCAGUCUGGGAAGGGAUCUGGAAUUCUUUGCAUCAGCUUAAGAAGAUUUAGCAGCUUUGAGUUCUUUCCAGAGCAUAAAGGUUUGAACUUCAAAUCAGUAGAUGUCCUUUUGGCAGACAGAGUCUCAGGUUUGCCUGUAAAGAAGGCCCAGCCACAGAAAUGCAAAAGUCUUCAGAGCAAAAGCUGUCCUUUUAGACUGAGCCAGCAACAGCAACACAAAAAGACAGGUUUGAAAAAAUGAAGACUUUGAUAGUGAUUGAUUUUCUCCUUGCAGUUAGCUUGAUAGCUACCACUGGGAGCUCUGAUCUACAGAAUUGUUUUCAAGAGCAGAUACAACUUCAGGCCCAGGUGAGACUUCUGGAACAUCGUGUGAAACAGCAGCAGUUAAAAAUUAUACAGCUUUUAGAGAAGAAAGAGAUACAGUACAGUGACAGAGGAGAUGAAAACAGUGUCAUUGACUUGGGAGGAAAAAGACAGUAUUCAGACUGUGCAGAAAUCUACAAUGAUGGCCACAAGCAGAGUGGAUUUUAUAAGAUAAAACCUACCCAGAGUCCUAAGGAAUUCCUGGCGUUCUGUGACAUGUCUGAAGGGGGUGGUUGGACUGUUUUUCAGAGACGUUCUGAUGGCAGCCAGAAUUUUAAUAGAGGUUGGACUGACUAUGAAGAAGGCUUUGGAAAUUUUGUUUUAACUAAUGGUGAAUAUUGGCUUGGAAAUAAGAAUCUUCACUACUUGACUAAUCAAGGAAACUAUACUUUAAGAAUUGAUCUAAGUGAUUUUGAAGGAGAACGGCGUUAUGCACAAUACACAAGAUUUGGAGUCGCAGAUGAAGAGCACUCCUAUCAGAUGAGCUGUGGUGAAUACUCUGGUACAGCUGGUGAUUCCCUAACUGGGGGUUUUCACCCUGAAGUAAAAUGGUGGGCUGAUCAUCGUGGGAUGAAAUUCAGUACUAGAGACAGGGACAAUGACAACUAUGAAGGCAACUGUGCUGAAGAGGAAAAGGCUGGUUGGUGGUUUAACAGGUGUCACUCAGCCAACUUGAACGGCUUGUACUACAAAGGUCCCUAUACUGCAAAGACAGACAAUGGAAUAGUUUGGUAUACUUGGCAUGGGUGGUGGUAUUCUCUGAAAUCUGUUGUAAUGAAGGUCAGACCAGCACAUUUUGAACCUAAUAUUGUUUGAAUAUUUUAUUAAGAUUUAUCUUUUAGCAAAUCAAUCCAAAGUAAAACACAUGGGCUAUUAUCUAUAUCUGUAUCAAUCUAAAAUAAUUCCUCUGUAAUUAGUAGUUUUAUGAGAUGUAAAUGAGAAGAUAAUCUGGUUUAUGAAUCCAUAUGAACAAAUACUACUGCUAAUAUGUCUACAGGAUUAUUUUUUUAAGGCAGAGUUUGCCUAGGAGAAAGGAUACCUUUAUCAACAUGGAGAAUUUGUCUUGAAAGGUAACUAGAAUUCUUUUUACUUUCUUAAUAGAAAAAAUAUAUUGUUGCUGUUUUAUGUAUCAAAAAUUAAAAUAAAUUGUAUUGUAUCCAAAAGGGCAAUUCAAA